AUGAAGGAUAUCUACAAGUCAGACGAACUCGCCAUCCCUGAGGGUGUUACCGUUUCCAUCAAGUCUCGUCAAGUUACUGUUGAGGGUCCCCGUGGUGUUCUCACCAAGAACCUCCGUCACUUGAACAUUGAGAUCACCGUUGUUGGUCAAAAGAUCAAGUUUGUUGUCCACCACGGUCUCCGUAAGCACGUUGCCUGUAUCCGUACUGUUCGCUCUUUGAUCAACAACAUGAUUGUUGGUGUCACCAAGGGUUUCGAAUACAAGUUGCGUUAUGUCUACGCUCAUUUCCCCAUCAACGUUAUCAUUAACGAUGCUGCUGAUGCUGUUGAGAUCCGUAACUUCUUGGGUCAAAAGGUUGUCUUCCACGUCAAGAUGCGUGAAGGUGUCACUGUUGCCGCUUCCAAGAACCAAAAGGAUGAGCUUACCUUGACUGGUAACUCUUUGGAAAACGUCUCUCAAUCUGCUGCUGAUAUUCAACAAUCUUGUCUCGUCAAGAACAAGGAUAUCCGUAAGUUCUUGGAUGGUAUCUACGUUUCCGAGCGUAACGUCAUGGAGGAAUCUGCUUAA